AUAAGGGAAACCCUAAAAGGAAAGGUAUCCUGAAAUAUCAUCAGCCGUCAUUGAGCUAAAUUUUCUCUCUUCAUUUCCUUUUUUCCCCUCCCCUGUUCAGAUAGAUCUGUCAACAAAAUCUCUUGUAGCGAAAACAGGCACACACAAGUAACUAGAGGGAAGCUGUCCAGACAGUCCAGGUGCACACAAGUGAAUCGAUGGAAGUUGAUGAGAGCGUAGGAAUGCUUUCUGAAGCUGUGACACCUACAAAAGAUAUCUACCCAUAUCAGGCGCCAACACAAGCAGGUGAACUUACAGGGGUAAUUGAAGAUGUAGCUGAGGCCAUAGUUUCUGGUGCAGCAAAACAAAUCAAGUUUCCAGGUGCUGGCCAACUAUAUGAAAAAGGUAACCGCUGCAAAGAAGUUGUUCUGGAUGGGAAAUAUGAAGACGUUGGAGGGUUCGGGGUCCUGAAAACACAAGCGUCCUUGUAUAAAGAGAUCUGGUUGAAAUAUGGGCACAUUGCUUCCAACCAAGUUCUUACAUAUUUUUACAAAUCCCAAGUAGUAGUUGUCUCUGAAAUAAUGGCUUCCAUUGUGGAGAUGAAUCGCUACCGUCUCGAGGAGGUUUCUCCAGAAACGAUCGAGUCUUGGGAGAACGCAGUAAAAGUGGCAGAGAAACUUGAAUUCAACAUUGGCUGGCUUUGUGAGCGCUUGGAGGAUAUUAAGAAGAAUUUUGCUGAGGGGAAGAAGCUCCAGGAGACAUUGAUGGAACAAGUUCAGGCACGAGUUAUUGAGGCUGAGCAGCAGUUGGUCUUUGCAAAAGAGCAAGUUUCUGCCUUGGAAACUAAGAUUUCUCAAAUAAUGGAAACUCAAAGACAGCGCGUUCUACAGGUAUUGUAAGAAAAACACAGCUUAGUUUUUAGCCUCAACAAGUAGUCUUGUUGUACCUUUAGUUGACGAAGUUUCCUUUUGAGCCUGACAGCAGAAUGGAUUAUUUCCCUCUUGAAAUAUUGUAAUUGCAUCCCCCUGGUGAUGCUGGGAUGCUUAUGUGAAUUUCCAGGGGUAGUUUGAUUCCUGUUCGGCUGUUCUUGAACUAAAAUCUAAUAUUGCUGCAACUCAAUUUCUCGGAGUAAGAAGAUGAAGUGUAGCUAGUUUGAUUCC